AUAUUAAAGGAGGAACGUUUUGGGGGGAGAACUAAAAGGCAAGAUCUGAGCUUCCACUCAUUCUUUCCACAAACCAACUUGGAUAUCGCUGCAUACUUGAGUGGGUGAAAGGCUAAAGAGAGCUGGGAAGGGGGGGACGGGGACGGGGACGACAGUUCCGAAGCCGUUCACACACUAUGGAAGAAAAUGAUCAAAAUAACCAUGAAGUGGACAACCAGGAGUCGAGCAACGAGUCUAACCGAGCCAUCAUGCCGCUACUCCAGGCGCCGGGGAACCAGCUCCCUCACCGGAUCACCAACUUUUUCAUCGACAACAUCUUGCGGCCGGACUUCGGCAAAAGGAAAGACGGGCACCGCGAUCAGAGUCACGUCCCCGGGAGAGAGAACGUUAGCCCGUCGGCGGUGGUGUCCGGUCAAAGCGGAGGCAGCGCGCCCGGGGUGGGAGGAGGAGGAGGAGGAGGAGGAGGAGUGGUGGUGGUGUGUGGUGGUGUUGGUGGUGAUGGUGUCUCCGGCGGAGGAGGAGGGGCUCCAGCCAGCCCGUCUGGCCCGGCUAAGAAACGAGACGUGGCGGGAGAAGCGACGCUGAGGAACGGCGAGAGCGCCGAGCAAUCCCAGAGCUCCGAUUCAGACAGCUCCCACAGCAGCACCAGCGCAGUCUCCCAACCCAUGCUUUGGCCUGCGUGGGUUUACUGCACUAGAUACUCGGACAGGCCUUCUUCAGGUCCCAGGUCCCGCAAACCAAAGAAAAAGACUCCCAAUAAGGAGGACAAGCGACCGAGGACAGCGUUCACAGCCGAACAAUUGCAGAGACUGAAAGCCGAGUUUCAGACGAACCGCUAUCUAACCGAGCAACGCCGGCAGAGCUUAGCUCACGAACUCAGUCUCAACGAAUCCCAAAUCAAAAUCUGGUUUCAGAACAAGCGAGCCAAAAUCAAGAAAGCUAGCGGAUCAAAGAACUCACUGGCACUACAUUUAAUGGCACAAGGACUUUACAACCAUUCCAACACGGGGAAAGAAGAUAAGGAAGAAAGCGAAUAGCAGAGAUUGAACAAAAGUGCGAACAAAUACAAUGCAAUAAUAUAAAUCUAAAAAAAAAAUAAAGGGCCAGUGUAUUGAGAAAGAAAGAGAGAGAAAAAGAUACCAGCAUAGUUUUUAAAAGAUAUGAAAUUGUAUGAGAUAUUAUUCCGCAAUAUUCUGUGUAUAUAAUUCAGGUAAGGUGUUGUAAAAAAAACUGAAAUAUUUCAAUAUAUGGUGAGAUAUUGUUUCUGGGAUUUCAGAAGCUACUUUUUUUGCCGCGGAUAUUGUUCGUUGGUUGCAUUUUCUACCAGUCACCGACUGGGUUCCGUAGCCGCUCGGUGAACAAACUAACGUGAAAUUUAAACCAACCUGCUGAAGUCCAAAGAAUUUUCCUGCUGUUGUUUUACAGAAAAUAUGUUAAAUUAAAUAAAUAUCAAAUGUUUGAUUC